CGAAAAUAAAUCCGAUUCCUGUUCCGAUUUACUCGCGCCAACCGAUGAGCAACCGUUGCUUCACAUCGCCAUUCCGCGGUCUCGGUCUUCUUCCCCUUUUCUUCAUCCAAUCCCUCUCCCUCUCCCUCUCCCUCUCUCUCAGCUCGGAUGAAGAUGAAGAAGACUUCUGACGACGACGCCGUCGAUAGAAGCAGAAGGAAGAGCCUCUAUGAGCUGUCCCUCACCGUUGCCGUACCUCUCUGGUGCAUCAUUUUCGCCCUCCACUCCCGAUUCGGCCACGGCCAUCGCCGUCGAGAUUUCUUGUCCGAUGAUGUCGGAAGCAACUUCGUUUGCAGGAGAACUCCGUUAGAGUUCUAUUUUCUUCCGCCGCUGAACAACACUUACUCUUGUUGUGGAUUGAAAGCUGAUGACGAUCCACCGACGGAAAUCUUUGGAAUUGAAGAGAACAUUGAGGACGGAAAUAUCUCAGAUCGCAAGAAAGUCGAUCGGCGGGAUCGGGAUCGGGACCGAUAUAUUGGACUGGAUGAAUUCAGGAACCAGGCACUUCAAAGAAAGGAAAGUGAUGCAGACAAGCUGCAUGGCAAAAUUACCCACAGACUUGAACUUGAUGGUUUGGAGUAUAAUUACGCAGCUUCUUCUAAAGGUGCCAAGAUUUUGGACCACAACAAGGAAGCAAAAGGGGUGGCAAACAUAUUGAGCAGGGACAAAGAUAUGUACCUCAGAAACCGCUGCUCAACCGUUCCGAAAUUCAUCGUGAUGGAGCUCUCCGAGGAGACCCUCGUCGAUGCCAUUGAGAUUGCUAAUUUGGAGCACUAUUCGUCAAACUUCAAGGAUUUUGAGUUGCUUGGAAGCUUGAGUUACCCCACAGAGACGUGGACGCUGCUUGGAACCUUUUUGGCAGAGAAUGUUAAGCAUGCCCAGCGGUUCAUGCUUUCGGAACCUAAGUGGGCAAGAUACAUGAAGCUGAACUUGGUCAGUCACUAUGGUUCAGAGUUCUACUGCACAUUGAGCUACAUUGAGGUUUAUGGUGUGGAUGCCAUAGAGCGGAUGCUCGAAGACCUCAUUGUGGUUUCUGAUGAGCCUGCAGCCGGCUACAAUUCUGUCAAGGUUGAUCCAAAACUCAAUGACAAAGUUGAGGUUGCUCAAGUUAACAAUUCUCGGGUUGAUGAUCCAGUAAAAUUAGACCCUAACAGGUCGAAGAAUGGAGUUUCACAGGAGAGCAUGCAUCAUCCUAAGCAGCCGAGUGGAAGGGUACCGAGUGAUGGAAUUUUGAAGUUUUUGAUGCAGAAGGUGAGAUCAAUGGAGCUCAGUCUUACGAUACUGGAGGAAUAUGUUAAAGAGCUUAACAUAAGGUACAGUGAAGCUCUUCCUGACCUGCAGAAGCAGUACUCUGAAGCUGCACUACUCUUGCAGAAAUUGAACUCAGAGAUUAAGGAACUGAGCCAAUGGAAGGAGGGUGAGGCUAAGGAACUCAAUGAACUUGGGAGCUGGAGGUCCUCAGUUUCAACUGAAAUUGAUGCUUUGGUUCGAGAAAAUGCCUUGUUCAGAGAAGAUCUGGAGAAGAUCAAGAGCAACCAAGAUUUGCUAGAGAGCAAGGAGCUGGCAGUAAUUGUGAUCAGUCUUUUCUUUGCUUGUGUCGCACUGUUUAAGUUAGCUUGGCACCAAAUUAUGGGAUUGUUCAAGCCCUGCGAGUCCCAUAACAGAAGGGAAUACCUGUUAGUAUUUGUAUGCAGCAGCCUAAUAAUGCUCAUAACUUUACUUUACUAUUAAAUUUUCUUAUGUCUUUGUUUAGGUUAUUUAAAGUUACACUAAUGUAGCAUGUCUCAGCUACUGAGAACAGUAAAACAAAACAGUUGAUGAAAGAUAUUUUUGUAGAAAACACA